CGGAUCAAGAUCUGAAAAGUAACCGUAGAUUUGGAUUAACGUGGUAUAAUAAAUGUCAAUCGCAUCAAAGCCAUCGAAAGAGGGUCAAGCACGUAUGUCAGUCCACGAUGCCGUGAGAACAAGUGAUGUGAAGGAGCUGGCCGCGUUGGUGAAGAAUGGAGCCGACAUAAAUGAGGUGGACAAGAAGCACAAAUUCACCCCGCUGCACUGGGCUUCGCACGCCGGCAGCCUGGAGUGCUUACACUGGCUACUAUGGCAUGGUGCUGACACCACUUACACAACAGCUCAGGGAUGGACAGCGGCCCAUAUUUCUGCAAUCAGGGGACAGGAUGCAUGUAUGCAGGCCCUGAGCUUGAAUGGGGCCGACCUCAAUGCUAAAGACAACAGAGGCUGCACCCUGACCCACCUAGCUGCUGCUCACGGACACUCCAACACUCUGCAGGCUGUCCUACGCAGUGGAGCGGACUGCAGUGCUGCAGAUAAGAACAACUGGAGGCCAUUGCAUUAUGCUGCAUUCCAUGGGAGGCUGGGCUGUCUGCAAACCCUUGUUAGAUGGGGAGCAAAUCUUGAUGAUGUGGAUAACAAUGGGAACACGCCGGCUCACUUGGCGGCCACGGAGGGCCAUCUCUUUUGCAUUAAAUUCCUGGUUUCAAAGGGACUAAGUUUGGCCCACACACUAGGGGCCAGAAACAACCAGGGAGAGACACCCAAAGCUCUGGCUCAGAGGUUCUGCAAGCAGGCUGUGCUCCAGUUCAUCGAUGCAGUUGAAAAUGAGCAGGAUGUUCCACUGGAACAGGAAGAUGUUGCAUUUCCAGCGCAUGUGGCAGCUUCACAAGGGGACCUGGACUCCCUCCGGAAACUGGUGGAAUGUGGGGUCAUCAACAUCAACGAGAGAGAUAGCAAGGGGUCCACUCCCAUGCAUAAAGCCGCUGGACAAGGUCACCUGAACUGCUUGCAGUGGCUUUUGGAGAUGGGUGCAGAUCACAAAAUCAGAGACAGCGCAGGGGAGACACCAAAGGACACAGCGAAGAGGUAUGCUCAGCUGGCUGCUGUGAAGGUGCUGGGAGGAGGGGGAUUGGAGGACGAUUCAGACGAAGAGGCGGAAACAGUUAGCCCCACCUUCUCCAAUAAACACGGCGUGGAGGGGAGCACAGACAGCUCUGAGGACGUGAAUUUGAGUGCCACCCAGAGAAAGGAAGGAAGAAUGAGAGCAUACCAAAAAAUCGAGGAACUCGAGCACCUGCUGGAGAUCGCGAGAAGUAACUACAGGCAGCUGGGAGGUCUACUGGAGGAAGAUAGAAACAGACGGAAAGAAGCGAAAGAGACCGAAAGAGCCAUGCAGGAGCUGGAGGCACAGCUGGAGUUUGAGAGAGUGCGCAGGGAGAAAUUGGAAUCACAGCUGGACGACUGCAGGGAAGAAAUUAGGCGUCUAAACCAGUGUCUAAAAGACCUGAACAAUACUACAGAAGACAUUUCUCAGAGUCCCCAGGUCAAAGAGAAAAAGAAACAGAAGAAAAAUAGAAGGACUGAUGCUGGUGGAGUGUUUGUGAGAAGAAUCCCAGAAAAGUAA